AUGUGUGGAAGAAGAAAUAAUAGCGAUUCUAUAGAUUCUCAAUUACAACAGCCACAAAAUAAUAGUAAUAAUAAUAAUUAUCCUUUUCCAAAUGAUGAAUUAGAUAAAUAUGUUGAAAGUUUUGAUAAAGUAUUAUCAAAUAUUGGAUCAAUUACAAAUGCUAUAGUUGAUGUAUCAAUGGAUGCAGGUAGAGAAUUAAAUGAUAAAGCUAAACAAUGGUCAUAUAACUGGUUAUUUAAUAAUAACACCAAUAAUAACUCAAAAGAUGAAUUUGAAAACUUUAUUAAUGAAGCUUACAAUGAUGUUUAUGAAUACAAUAAGGAUGAUCAAAAGAAACAAAAUUAUAAAUUCCCACCAUUUUAUCAAACUAGAGAUUCAGGAUUUGACAAAAAUUCAUCAAUAGGUUCAUCAUUUAAAGAAUUCUUUGAAAAUUCACCAUUUCUUCAAAAUGCUCAUUUAAAAUUUGGUGCAACUCCAUUUGGUUAUCGUUCAUACAAAGGUCCAUCAAUUCGUCAAUAUCAUGAUUGUUUAGAUAAACAAGGUAAAACAGUUUGGGAUGAUCAAGGUUAUUGGAGAUGUUUAUUUCCAGAAUCAACCGUUCCAGUAGAUUUAUUAAAAUUUAAAAGUAAUUAUUUUAAAGAUUCCAUUAUUACAAAAGAAGACUUUAUGAAUGAAAUGCAAAAAUUAGGAGAAAAUGAAAAAAAUUCAGUUAUUGAUUUAAAAUCAAAUGGUAAAUUUUUUAACAAAUAUGAAGAUUAUUUAGAUUGGAAAAAAGAUCAAUUCGUUGAAUAUAAAAAGAAAAAGCAAAUCAAGCAAGAAGAAGCCAGACAAGCUAGAGCAAAAUUAAUCGAGGAAUCACAACAAAAGCAAUUACAAAAUAAAAAUACCACCAAAGAUAAUUCAAUAGUUUCAAAAUUUAUAACUUCAUCUUCAAUAAAAUCAAACAUGUUCACUGAUUCAGAAACAAAUGAAAUUAAAUUAAUUGAAAAUAAGAAAGAAUGUUAUAAUGAUGGUAAUUGUAUUUUCACCAAAAUUACAAAAUCAAAACCUAUUGGUAGUAGAGAUUGGGUAAAUGUUGAAGAACAUGUUGAAAAUUCUAAUACAAAUGUAUCUUCAAAUGAUAAUGGUGUCAAUGGUUUAAGUAAUGGUCAAAAUAAUAAAGGUUGGUUUUGGAAAUGA